UUGAAUUUAUCCCGCCAAAAAUAAUGUACACAAUUAUUCAAAGUAUUUACUCACACUUACACAUAUUAUAGAAUUUAAAAUUCCAUUGAGAAUAAAUAUAAUCAGUAGUAAAUAGUAAGCCGAGACAAAGAAUUAAUCAUCAAAUAUGGCAGCCUACGAGUCAAGUCGUUGCUACGCGUGUAAAAAAUUAUUUUGUUGCAUUGACUGCUGUUCAAAUCAUAUUAGAAAAAAACAUAGUGCUCAUCAAACACCCAUUGAUUGUCCAUUGUGCCGUCAAGAACCACUGAUAAUACGUAGUUUUGAUCAUAAUCAAUUAAAAAAUCAUAUUAUAUUCAAUCAUUUACCGCUUGAGUGUCUAAAGUGCGGGGAAUUGUUUGAUAAACAUGAAGAUUUAAAAUUUAUUGGUACAUGUGACCGGCAUCCAAUUAUACGAAUAGAGGCACCGACUUACAUUGAAGUAGGUGUCACAUCAUCAUCAUCAUCAAGUUUUGCCGUCGAUUUGGACUUGGCUGGAUCAGUUCUCAGCAAAACACCUUCUGCAGAUUCGUCAAUAAAACGUAAAUCCUUGUCAUUCAGCGGCGACUAUCGUCAGUUUGAAGAUUCACCGCGUGAAUUUACACGGCACACAAGUACACCGAUGCAAGUUGGCUUAACAAGACAACUUAAUUCAUCAAAUUUAAAUUAUAAGGGUGGUAAUUUUUUUUUUAAAACGUCUAGUCGACAUGUUGGCUCAGUACUGACUGUACAUCAUUGUGAUAAGUCGGUUAAUAAUAAUAGUGACAGUAAUAAUAAUAAUAAUAAUAGUGUAAGUAAUUAUAAUUUUAAUGAUAUUAAUCCUGGGGAAUUUAAUUCCCAAGAUAAUUUAAUAACAAAAUCUUAUUUAUCAAAUUCCGAUCGUACGCCACUGAAAUCUAUUUUGUCUAAAUCUUUCAAUAAGGAUACGAGUUAUCAAGGUAUUAGUAAUAGUAAUUUAUUGAGAAGUAUAACAGAGCGUAAAUUAGAAGCGAUGAUGGAGUCUAAUGAUGAGAAUGAUGACGGGCAGGGUUCCAAUCCUGGCAAUUCUGGUGGGUCAUUGAAAAGAGAAGCUGAUUCAUUAGAAUCGACUGGGGAAUAUAAAAGUUCACGGAAAAACAGUAAAAUUUUAAGUAAACGUGUAAGAUUUUCAGAUGAGUUUAGCAGCAUUGAAGCGGAUACAGACGAAGACAAUUUGAAUAAUGAAGCUGAGGUGGAAGAAUAUUUUGAAAGUUGUCAAAGUUUCUCUGAUACUUCUAUCAGUUCAACGGAAAAAAAUAUUCAUUGUAAUCAUACUGGUGAUGAUAAAUUGAAUGUAAAUAAAAAAAUAAAUGGUAAGAGUGAAUUAAAUCAAGGAAAUGAAAAGGCGGAAGAUAAUUUCAAUCAAAGUCGUACUGGAUCCUCAAGAGUCGUCAUGAUGGUUCUGGUUGAGAAAGCUGGUGAAGUUUAUCCACGAGAUCUUGCGCCGAUCAUCGAUUCGGGUUUGGAAAGAUUGAAGUCUGCGAUAAAUGCGUCGAGUGCGACAGAACUGGAGCUCGCUGCUGAUAAUCACAGUGAUAUUAAAGAUUGUCAAAGUGGUUUUACGAUGCUGUCAGUUGAUAGUUAUACCAAAUUAUCAACGUUGGAGUGCGUAAAAGUUGCUGAUUCAUCUUCAAGUGGUUCAAGCUUACAAAUAAAUCGAUCUGUUGCCAAACAAAACAUCAACUCUGGGGGAAUUUUCGCUUCAGUUGCUAAUGCUGUUAGAAAUGUUUUCAAAAAUAUAUCAGGUUCAUCCAGAACUACAAAAACUAUCGGCCAAUCGAGUUCACUAGGAAACGAACUCCAAGAUGAUUUAUCAAUAGAUUCAUGUGAAAGCGCAAUAACUUCAUUGUCACGAGCAGCAAAACGUCCACGUGAAGAAAUUGAAUUUAUAACAUCAACUUCUUCUUCUUCAUCUUCAUCUCCUUCAUACGAGUCGCUGGUUGACGACAAAAGUGAACGUAAAACUACCGGUAAUGAUAUUCGGAGUCCAGUUCUCAAAAAACCUCGCGGCUGGUACAAACAAGUACGCGGUCGUGAGCCAAUUGCGCGAAUGAAAAAUGAUUUGUCAUCACCUCCAUUACCACGUGGUGUUUCUAUGGAAACUCAAUGCUUCCAUCAGGGUUCUUUGAGUACAAAAGAUGCUGUCCUGCCUUUACCUGAUCGUGCUCAAGUUAAUCGUUCAACUCAAACAGACUUUUAAAUCGCUGAUUAAUUAAUUUAUUAUUUAAAUAUUUAAUUUAUUUUUUUUUUUGUUUAUAAUUGUUUAUAGAAAAAAUAUUUAAAUCGUAUAAAAAUUCAUAUUUAUAAAUUAAAUUAAUUUACUACAAUUAUUAACAGAUAUUAUGUAUAAUCCUGAAGUUAGAAAAUAAUUAACAAUUUUCGGAUAUUUUUUUCAACAAAUCAAUGACAAAAAAAAAAAACUAAAAAUAUGCACUUGUAGAAAAUUUAAAAAACUAUGAGUGCAAUUUUUAAAAUGAUUUUUUUUUACAAUUUGUCGUUUAAAAAAAUCCAAAAAUUAUUAGACGUCGGUUAACUUCGGUACCAUUAUUAUAUUUAUUAAAUCACAAUAUUAUUAUU